CGAACAUGCCAUUUCACCUCAUGUAUCUUGUGAACCCGCCAGGCCCAGGCCUGAUGUCAUAGCCUCUACCCAUGGCCCGAGUCUCCACUCCCCUGCAUGUCUGCUGGCCACAGCGCGAACGCCGAGGCACCACCCUUCCCAACCCCAGCUCCGUCCCCUUCCCUGCCGGGGUACCCCUGUCCCUUUCCCCGCCGGCUUCGCAGUCCCGGGACCGCCAGCCUACAGCUCAGCCGGAGGUGUCCCCGCCCACAGCCAGGAUUGGAGGACAGAGGCAACGCCCACCCGCCCGGCGGCCUCCUAUUGGCACGGCUGCCGCCAGGGGCGGAGACAGGGCCGGGCGCCAGCUGAUGCCGUCCAGGCCGGAAAAGCUCAGGCCAGUGGCGAGCGCGACACGUCCGCGCGGCCUGGCGGAGACCUGGAGGACCCAAGCUUCCGGACGACGAGGAACCGCCCAACAUGGCCUCGGAGGUCAGCCCAAGGACAACCCCUCGGUCACUCUGUUCCCGUCGUCCUCUGAGGAGCUCCAAGCCAACAAGGCCACGCUGGUGUGUCUCAUGAGUGACUUCUAUCCGGGAAUCUUGACGGUGACCUGGAAGGCAGAUGGUACCCCCAUCACCCAGGGCGUGGAGAGGACCACGCCCUCCAAACAGAGCAACAACAAGUACGCGGCCAGCAGCUACCUGAGCCUGACGCCCGAGCAGUGGAGGUCCCGCAGAAGCUACAGCUGCCAGGUCACCCAUGAAGGGAGCACCGUGGUUAAGACGUGACCCCUGCAGAAUAUGGAGUCUCGCUCUGUCGCCCAGGCUGGAGUGCAAUGGCGUGAUCUCAACUCGCUAUAACC